AUGAUCAACUCGCUGCUCGUCUAUUCUUUGAUCCCGAUUACCUUAAUUGUAGCAGCUGAAACUGAAAAUGCGACUAGUGCUGAAUUUCUCCUACCAACCAGACGAACACCUCCAUCGAAACCCCAACACGGAGUUGACUUCCUCGGACCUCUUUGGUUAUCAAGAACAUAUAAAAUAACAUGUUGUCGAAGAGGAACUCCAGUUGCAGAGAAUCCACAUUUAGUGAGCAAUUGGACUGAAACUGCAUCCGAUUAUGCAGUUGAUGAGAAACUCAUUGGAACAGAACAAGACGAUCACUGUCGUGUGUUCCAGGGAACAUUCUUGCUUUCCGCAGCUGCUCUAUACAACUCCACAUUCAUCAGUUAUGGAGUUCAGUGCAAAUGUCCAGAUGCGGAAGAACAACAGCUGGAUCAGCACUGUCGACAACUUCCAGCGUGUCAAAAUGGUGGAUACCGUAGUCAAUCUAUGGGAAGAAGAUGCUCUUGUCCUCAACCAUAUUUUGGAGAAUAUUGCGAAAAACUCUGCGACCAAGGACAGGUGCUAGUUGGAAUUGACGGCCACAACUACUGUAGUUGUCUUCCAUUUUAUCAAGGAGAGACAUGUUCAGAUCUUGUUUGUUUGAAUGGAGGGCAUGAAUUCAGAGGUAGAUGCAGUUGUCCGCAUAACUUUGUUGGGUAUCAUUGUGAAAUUGAUACAAAUAAAACGAAAUCCAACUCGAGGUACACGAAGUACGGACCACAAUCCAGUUCUGAGAACGGUGAACUGUUUAGCAGAGACAUCUCGGGUACCGUGUUCAGUCUCGUCAUGAUUGUCGUACUCGUCGUUUCAAUGUAUUUACUAAUGAAGCAUCGGAUGCAGGUACAAUCACAAUAUACAUCAUCGCGAAGAGAAGAAAUGAAUCGAGCAGCACAGAUUUAUGGAAUUGAACGAGGAGGUGCCGGAGCUACUACGAUAAGUAGGGAUGAUAUUAGAAUAUUACCAUUUGUGGCUGCAGGCAUUCAACCACCACCUCCGUAUGCAGUUUCUAGAGCAACACGAAGAGAAACACUCCCACCAUUACCAUCAUAUGAAGAUGCUACAAAGGAUACUGUAAUCGGACCUGCUGCCACAGUGAUAGAAAUGCAGCCAACAUCCACUACGGAUACUUCAACUCCAAUCUCCUCAUCUACCCAAGAAACACCUCGAUUACCCGAAUCAGGUCCUCCAGACAUCCCAUCCAGCUCAUCUCCCCCACCUCCAUUCGAAUCCGAACCUCCAACUAUUCAACGAAACGUGUCAACGAGACGAAGUCUAUAG